AAACAAAUCAUAAUUUAUAUAAAACAUAUUUAAUGCUGGACGCACAUGUUGAUGAAAUUGUAAUGUAAUGAGAUACGACGUCCAGGAGCUGCUAAUUCAUCAGUCUGCUGAGGAUCCAUUCGCCAGGUUCGCAAAUGGGAUGGCAUAUCAUCCAUUUCUGCAGCUAACGCAAAGACCCACUGACUUCAGCGUCUCCUCGCUGUUGACGGCGGGUAGCAACAACAACAACAGCAGCAACACAAGCAACAACAACAACAACAGUAAUUCUAACAGUGCAGCAGCCGCAGCAGCAGCGACGGCAGCUGGUCAAGCUUUGAGCUCGCCAGUCUCCUCGAGCGCUGGCAAUUUUCGUGGCUCGCCGUCGCAGCUUUCGCCCCAGAGCAAUCACAGCAAUCACAACAACAACAACAAUAAUAAUAAUAACAACAACAAUAAUAAUAAUAAUAAUAUUACAACAAAUAAUAAUAACAACAAUAGCAACAGCAGCAGCAAACAGCACUUGACCACCGAACCGCUGAGCGGCAGCCAAGCGACAACGCCGACAGCGACUCCACCGCCAACGGUUGGCGUUGCCACGCCCACUUCAUUACCCGCGCAUCAUUCGCCCAGCGUAGCGCUGCCAGCGGCUCCACCACCACCGUCUGGAGCGUCAUUGCAUCCGCCACCACCGCAGCAGCAGCAGCAGCAGCACUUGGCCCAGCAGCAGCAACAGCAGCAACCACCGCCGCCGCCAUAUUUUCCGGCCGCUGCGCUAGCCGCACUGGCCGGCAGUCCGGCGGGGCCGCAUCAUCCGGGCUUAUAUAGUGCUGGUGGGUUGCGCUUUCCGCCGCAUCCAGCGCAUCCGCACGCUCAUCAUCCGCUGGGCACCGCCUACACCACCGCCGAGGACGUGGUGCUUGCCUCCGCCGUAGCGCAUCAGCUGCAUCCGGCCAUGCGGCCACUGCGUGCUCUUCAGCCCGAGGACGAUGGCGUCGUCGAUGAUCCCAAGGUCACGCUCGAGGGCAAGGACCUGUGGGAGAAGUUCCACAAGCUCGGCACCGAGAUGGUCAUCACCAAAAGCGGCAGACAAAUGUUUCCGCAAAUGAAAUUUCGUGUUUCGGGUCUGGAUGCCAAGGCUAAAUACAUACUGCUACUGGAUAUUGUUGCGGCGGAUGAUUAUCGUUAUAAAUUUCAUAAUAGCCGCUGGAUGGUUGCUGGUAAAGCGGAUCCAGAAAUGCCAAAACGCAUGUACAUUCAUCCAGAUUCGCCCACAACGGGUGAGCAAUGGAUGCAAAAAGUUGUUUCAUUUCACAAAUUAAAAUUGACCAACAAUAUUAGUGAUAAACAUGGAUUUGUAAGUACUACCAUACUCAACUCAAUGCACAAGUAUCAGCCGCGCUUUCACCUGGUGCGAGCCAACGAUAUUUUGAAGCUACCCUACUCCACGUUUCGCACCUAUGUCUUCAAGGAGACCGAGUUCAUAGCCGUGACUGCAUAUCAAAAUGAAAAGAUAACUCAACUGAAGAUCGAUAACAAUCCCUUUGCAAAGGGAUUUCGUGAUACGGGCGCUGGCAAACGCGAAAAGAAUUGUUACAGGCAGGCGCUGAUGUCGAAUCGAGGGUCCGACUCGGACAAACUGAAUCCGACGCACGUGAGCAGCUCCCGAGCGCCGCUGCACUUGGGCCAUGCGGGGCGGCCGCCGCAUCUGCAUCCGGCCCAUGCGGCCGCAUUGCUGGACAAUCAGCAGGACGACGAUGAUAAGCUGCUGGAUGUGGUGGGACCGCCGCAGAGUCCGCUGCUCCCAUUGAGCCACUCGCUCCAGCAGAUGCAUGCGCAUCAGCAUUCGGCGCUUGCUGCUUGGUUCAAUCAUUUGGCCGGCGCUGGGGAGCACGCGGCGGCGGCGAAUGCGGAGGACGCACUGCGUCGGCGACUACAGGCGGACGAUGUGGAGCGCGAUGGCAGCGACUCGAGCUGCUCGGAGAGCGUCGGCGGCAGCACUGGCGGUGCCUUUCGCCCCACCUCGACGGGCAGCCCUAAGGAAGGAGUCGGCGGCGGCGGUGGUGGUGGCGGUGCGGCCGCUGCAGCGGCUGCGCUCAAUGCCGCCGGCAGCUAUCCGUCGCCCAAUAUUUCAGUGGGACCGCCGAUUCACCCGUCGCCGCAUCUGUUGCCUUAUCUCUAUCCGCACGGACUUUAUCCGCCGCCGCAUCUGGGACUGCUGCACAAUCCGGCAGCGGCGGCGGCCAUGAAUCCCGCCGGCCUCAAUCCCGGGCUGCUGUUCAAUGCGCAGCUGGCGCUGGCAGCGCAGCAUCCGGCGUUGUUUGGGCACGCCUACGCCGCUGCUGGACAUACGCCGGUGUCUCCGCUCCAGGGAUUGAAGAGUCAUCGCUUCUCGCCGUACAGUCUGCCCGGCAGUCUGGGCUCGGCCUUCGAUGCAGUCACUCCAGGCUCGAAUGCGAAUCGCAGCGGCGGCGGCGGCGGCGGCGAAUCAGCAGCGCCGCCCAAUUUGCUUCCCAACGCUGCCGGAGGCAUGGACAAUGGACCGCGUAGUCUCAGCUCGAGUCCGCGACCGCGCGCCAGCUCCCACUCGCCGCCCACGCGUCCCAUAUCAAUGUCGCCAACGACGCCGCCGUCGCUGCUGAAGCGUCAGUCGCAACACUCGCCCUCGGAGCUGAAGAGCAUGGAGAAGAUGGUCAACGGGCUCGAGGUGCAGCACAAUGGCAGCGCAGCGGCAGCAGCGGCGGCAGCGGCAGCAGCAGCGCUGCUCUCCGAGGAGGCGGCAGCUCAACUGCAUCACACCCAAGCGCAUCAUCCGCAUAGCCACGCCCACUCGCAUGCCGGACAUGCAGCGGCGGCGGCGGCUGCGGCGGCAACGGAUCAGUGACAAUUACUGGACGGUCGCUCCUCGGACUGCGAGGAUGGCGGCCUGGAGGACGAUGAGGACGAUGAGCACGAUCGCAGCUCCGUCAUCGAUCUGGACGUCGAUGUCUGACCGCAGACGUUGCAGCUUGGGCAGCUCUAGCGAGUGCAGCAGCCCCCCCUAGCCCCGAUGCUCGACUGUAAAUAGCGAUCCCACACACACAAACACAAACACACACACAUAUAUAUAUAUAUAUGUAGCAUAUAGUAUUUAGCCACGCCUACCUUGUAGCCCCCACCCCCCCAAUUUAGAGCAUAAGAUAAUGCGGGUCUCGUUUUGCGCAAGAAAAAGAAUUCAACAUUUUUUUUUCGAGUGUAGAAUAUUUAAGCAAUGCUUAGUUCUUGUGAUGCGCAGGAUCGACCCGCCAGCUUUUGAAACUUAGUUUAUCCAUAGCAAGCAGCUCAGUGUCAGCGACAGAGCGAGAGCGCGAGAGCGAGAGCGCGAGAGAGUUUCCUUAACAAAUGCCCAGUGCUCUUUGCAUUUUAGUUUAACUCACAACAACAAUAAAUAAACAA